AUGAUGGAAGCAUUGACGGCCAUUGCUCUGGAGGAUCACGAGCACGUCGAACAGAAGGAGAACAGUCGUGAGGGGGACGCUGACAAAGGGCACAGGAAGGUGCUGGUCGAGGUUUCGCGGAUUCUCUACAUUCUGUUUGCCGGACUUUUCUACACCCACGUCGAGGGAUGGACCUUCCUCGAGGCAGCGUACUUCGCCAUGGUGACCAUGUCCACUUGCGGGUAUGGCGACUUCUACCCGACGGAGUGGUAUUCCCAGAUGGUCACCGUGUUCUUCAUCCUCGUAGGCAUCAGUGUCGUCUUCGCGCAGCUGGGGAACUGCGUUACCUCGCUGAUCGAACCGGUCUUUGACUUCACGCGAACCGUCUCCGAACGCUUGGCACCGGCGAAGUACAUCGACAUCUCCGGGAAUGGCGUCCCCGAUUUCCAGGUGCCACGGCGGCCCUCCAUCUACUACUCGAAGAAUUUGGCAGGGCCCAUUCUGAUCCUGCUGGCCUUCCAGCUGGUGUCUGCGGCCAUCUUUGCCUUGGUGGAGCCUGAAAUCUUCGAUUUCGGGACAGCCUUCUGGUACGUCAUGGUUACGGCCACGACGGUCGGAUACGGCGACGUCUCUGCCGAGACCACCGGCGGGCGCAUCUGGGCCAUCGUGCAUAUUCUCAUCUCUGUCUGCCUGCUAGCGGCACUCAUCGGCGACUUCGGCAAGCUGUGGGAGGAAAGGAAGUCUUUGAUGGAGCGGGCGUAUCACUUCACUCGAAGCUACGACGAGGAGGUGCUGGCCACUCUAGAUGAGGAUGGCAACAAGCUCGUGGGUAAGUACGAGUUCAUCCUCGGGAUGCUGAAAGAGAUCGGCAAGCUGGACCAGAAGGAGGACAUCGCUCCCCUCGAGGCCCUCUUCACCAAACUGACGUCGUCGCAAUCGGACCAGUCGCAAGGCAAGGACACGGAGUGCGCCGACGAGACGUGCGCGCUGAACGCUCUGCAGCAGAAGCAAGCUGUGGUGGCAGGCCUGACGGAAGAUUCUGCCCAGCAGUUUCAAGCUGCCAUCGACGAAGGCGACACGCAGGAGGAGAAGCUGACGAGGAAGAUGGCCGCAGAGGAUUUUGAAUCCGAGGCCAGGGAGCCAUUUGACCGGAAGAUGGCCGCAGAGGAUUUUGAAUCCGAGGACCAUGGGCUUGGUGGCUGGGAGGUGCUUUGGGGGCACAGAGCUCCCGAGCCGGCUGUGCCGGGCAAGUACCAGGAACGCGUUCUUGUCCAGAACGGGGAUUACAUCUAUGCUGCUGAUCAAGUGGCAGGCGCUGGCAUAGCAAAGGACGGGCCAGAACAAGACGCGGCUUUGUCUGAGGAGGUGCUGUCCGGCCAAGCGAGCGCUGAGGUCGACUAA